UGGUACUGUUGGAACAGGCGGAACGCGCGGACAGGAGGAGUUUAUUUCCGCUGCCAUCCUCCGCCGUUCCAUGGUGUGUUUGACACGGAACAGGGACUCGAGAGCCUUCUCCCUCUCCCGCGCGGCGCGCCCUCCUCUUCUCUCUUUCUCCCCCUCUCCCUCUGCUCCAUCUCCGGCAGUUCGGUCCUUCCCCAACCAUCCGCUGAUCCAGAUGGCUGCCACGUCAUCAGCAUAUCCUCCCCCACCUCCAUUCUACAGGUUGUACAAGGACUACCUUCAAAAUCCCAGCUCUGCACCCGAGCCACCUCCUCCCAUUGAAGGCACCUAUAUGCUUUAUGGCUCCAAUUAUACGACCGAUGAUGUGCUCCCGAGUUUGGAAGAUCAAGGGGUCCGACAAUUAUAUCCAAAAGAUCCCAACAUAGAUUACAAAAAGGAAUUGAGAAAACUCAACAGAGAGCUGCAACUCCAUAUUUUGGAGCUUGCGGAUGUGCUCAUUGAGAGGCCAUCUCAGUAUGCUAGAAGAGUAGAAGAAAUAUCUGUGAUCUUCAAAAAUUUGCAUCAUCUUCUCAAUUCUUUGCGUCCUCAUCAGGCCAGGGCAACACUAAUACAUAUAUUGGAGAUGCAGAUACAACAGCGUAAGAAGGCAGUGGAUGACAUCAAAAGGAGGAGAGCAGAGGCGCAGCAAAUCCUGAAGGAAUCUCUUGAAAUCCUUGGGGGUCGUAAAACUUGAGGCACCAGCCACCAGGUGUGCAGUUUUGCUGUUUGUGAAGAAUUACCCGAUCAGAAUUCUUGAUCUGUCGCUUUCACGAAAAUAGAAGCAGCAUCAAUAUGAGGCAGUGAUCACUACGGAAUAUCCAAUGAAUGGCAUGAAAUCCUUGUCGCAAUGAAUUGGAGAAUUGAAGAUAAGGGCAACGUGAUCUGCCCUCCUGUGCUGUGGCAUGGCUGCGUUUUAGUUUAGAAUGUUUCCAGGGAAACCAUGUAAAGGAGUUUUACAUGUUUUAUGAAGUUCUUCCAGCGUCAUAAGACCUCUGGAAUUUCUUAUAGCGGGGAUUUGUUUUUUCUUUUCUUUUCCGUAUUGUUGUUUGCAUUUUUUGUUAAAUUGAUUAUCCAAAGUACCCUUCCAGCA